AUGCAACGAUGCAACGAUGCAACGUCUCUUAGCCGGAAUCCCUAUAGUCUGGGUCGGGUCAACAAGGGGUCGUGCGAGUCAGUGAGCUUUGAGGAUGUGGCUGUGAAGUUCACGCAGGAGGAGUGGGCUGUGCUGGAUCCAUCCCAGAAGGAGCUGUACAAAGAUGUGAUGCAGGAAACCCUGAGGAACCUGGCCUCUAUAGGAAACAAGUUGGGUAACCAGAAGGUUGUAAAUGAGUAUGGAAAUCUCUGGAGAAAACUAAGCAGCCAACUGGUGGAGAAGUUCUGUGACUAUCAGGAAAGUCGUCAGUGUACAGAAAUCUUCAGCUGCAAUCCAGGGCACUCUUGUGCAGGACUUGCUACCUUUGUAAAGAAUGUCUGUGAAGAAGGUAGAAUUGGCCAUUCAUCUCUGGGUGUGCCACUGAAGCAUCAGGUAGGACCUUAUGAAGACCAGGAAUAUGGACAGGCACUGUUUGAACAUAAGGAGUUGGGGAGCAACUCCAGUUCUUUGUCCCUUCAGAUGCACAAAAGCACUCCCACCAGAGAGAAACCUUCCAACAAUAAAAACUUUGAAGACCUUCCUUGUGUCAGAUCUGGCCAAAUGUAUGAACAAAAUGGUUGUGCAGAGAAGUCUUACAUGCACAAGCCAUGUGGGAAAGGCUUUGUGCAUCCCAGUCCUUUACAAAGGCAUGAGAAGGUUCCCAGCAUUAAGAAGCCCUAUGUGUGUGAACUGUGUGGGAAAGGCUUUGCUCGGUUGGGUAACCUUUUAAGGCAUAAGAUGACUCCCACUUGUGAGAAGACUUUUCUUUGUAAUCACUGUGGGAAAACUUUCUCUGAUUCCUCUUGCCUUCGAAGACACACAAGAGUUCACACUGGAGAGAAGCCCUAUGUGUGUAAGUGGUGUGGGAAAGGCUUCAUUACUUCUAGUAACCUUCAAAUACAUGAACGAACUCACACUGGGGAAAAACCUUACAUCUGUAAAGAGUGUGGGAGUGCCUUCAGGCUUUUGAUCCAGCUGCAGAAGCACGAAGUCAUCCACAGCGGUGUGAACCCCUACGUUUGUAAGCAGUGCCGGAAAAGCUUUACUUCUUCCAGUUCCCUAAAGACACAUCGAAGAACUCACACUGGUGAGAAGCCCUAUAUGUGUGAAUACUGUGGGAAAACCUUCGGGUAUUCCAGUACCCUUAAAAAACACGAGAGAAUUCACACUGGAGAGAGACCCUAUGUGUGCAAGCAGUGCGGGGCCGCCUUUCAUUAUCCUUUAUAUUUUCAAAGACACGAGCAAACCCACAGAAGAGAGAGACGCUAAGAGUGUAAGCAGUACGGGGGCCUUUCGUUAUGCUUUUAUGUUGAAAUGCAUGAACGAAUCCACAGCAGCAAGAGGUCCUUUGUAUGUGAGCGGUGUGGAAGGGCUCCUUGA